AUGUCUCUCCCACCCGCACAGAAGGACGUCCGCGACCGCCCCGCCUUGGGCGCCGUCGCCGACCCCGUCGACCGUGACAGGAAGAAUGCUGACGUCGACCGCAAGCUUCGCCUCUACGGCAUCACCACUGCCAUUCGCGAAUCGCGUCUUCCUACCAACGACCAGAUCGAUGCUUUCCUUGAGUAUGCUCUCAAGCAUUCUCCCGUUCCCACCGACCAGCUCUCCCAGUCUGGUCAGACACUUAUCCAGGACAUACGUGAAAUCCUCGACACCACUCGCCUCAUUGCGCGCGAGAAGAACGCGGAUGAGCUGCUCCAAAACUUCUUCUGGCACACGCGUAACACCGAUACCUCGCGCGCGAAGAAGGACCCCAAUGAAGUCAUUCCUGUCGACCAAGACAAAGCGCGUGCCGACGCCAACCAAGCCACGCAACACCUCCGCACGCUCGCAUCCCUCGUCCUUACCAAUGCCGAGGUGCGCAAGCUGAUCGGCGACUUUGGCGUCAUCGGCCGCGACCUGCUUGCGCGUGGCGCAGCAAAGACCGCCGAGCUUGCGCGCCCCGACGAGGAUCGCCUUCGCCAAGUCGACGAGCCUGGUCCCGACCACAAGUUCAUCUCUGAGGGCGGCCGUGAGGUCGGCCUUGAUCAGACACCGGUCCCUGAAGUGCGCGUGCCCGGUACCGGCCACCGUGUUGCACAGGACCCUGGGAGAGAGCUGGGCGAGGGCACCGCCGUUAAAACCGAGCAAGGUGAUGUCUACCGUAGCGGCGAACUCGUAGACGAGGCGCAGCGUUGCAAGGACGAGCUCGUCGAGCGCGCUGGAAAUGAGGCUCGGUCUCACGCCGAGGACGUCCAGGAGGGUCUUCAGGACGAGAAUGCAGACGUCAGCACGAAGACUCGCUUCCAGAACAAAGUUAACGACCUGAAGGAUCAACUCGCCGGACGUGUACCUCCCGAGCACAGGGAGAAGGCGAACGAGCACCUCGACCGCGCGAAAAACUUCCUCAAGGACGAGUACUUCCCGCAGGAGCGCCGUGACCAGCUCAUCUACCGCCUCAAGAAAGUCAUCAUUGAGUGUCAGAACCACAAGGACUACCAAGAGAGCAUCCGCUGGCUCAUGGAUACGGGUGCUGAGUAUCUCAGUCACGGUCGCACUCUUGCUGACCAUGGCAAGGACUCGCACCAGAAGCUUACGUCGGAUGACAACCUCCAAUUGGCGAUGUCCGAGCUGCGCACACUCCUGGAGCGCUUUGCUGAUGGUGUGAGCCUUGACAUCAUCGGCAACGCCAUGCGCCAGCUGUAUGAGGAUUCGCGCAAUGACGAGGGCCUCCGGUAUUGGUUCUCUGAGGUCAACUCCUUCGCACGCGACUCUCUCAUGCAGCCUGGCUACGUUCUCGAGGAUGCGUGCAACGACCGCGCGAACCAACUGCGCGAUACCGGUCGCCAGUACUACGAUGACAAAUACAAGAAUCAUUUUAACAACCUGUUCAACUCGGCAGGCGACUGGUUUACCGCGUGGGGUAACGACCCGCUUAACCGGCGGUUCGGCCAGGACUGGGCGCGGCUCACGAAGGACCUGCUAUUCGACUCCGAGGGCAGCCUCAAGUUCAAGCCUGAAUUGUGGACGGACAUCCGCAAGACGAUCCUGCCGAGCCUCAUUGACAACGUCGGUUAUAUCCCCAUCCCACGCAUCGAGUAUACAGAUGACUCGCUCGACCUUGUACUUGAAAAUUUGGCGCUGUCGGGCCGCAAUGUGUUCCCCAACCUCAUCAGCGCGGAGGCGCACAAUUACAUCAAAUUUAGCCCGUACAACAACAUCAGUGACGAGCAGCACCACGACUUCACGCUCACUCUGGGCCAAAUCCAGGCUGAUUUGCGUGAUGUCGCCUUCUACUACCACAAGAAGACGGGCACCCCAAAGAUAUCCGACUCGGGCAUUGCAGACGUGCUACUAGGCGGUACGGGCCUGACAAUCACCGCACGUCUCGUGACCGCGCACGACCCAUCAUCUGUCUUCGCCGUCAAAGACGUGCAGGUUAAAGUUGACACACUCAAAUUCUCUGUACGCGACUCGAAGCACGACACGCUGUACAAGACGCUUGCCCCGCUCGCGUCAGGACUCGUGAAACGGCAGCUGCAGAAGGCGAUCGGUGGUGCGGUGCAAACGGCGCUGGAGUACCUCGACGGCGAGCUGGUGGCGGUGCGCGACCAGAUGCGCGAGGCGAAGGCGAGCGAGGACGGCAGCCGGACGCAGGUGCUCAAGGAUCAGUUGCUCCAGAAGAAGCAGGCCGCGCAGGGCAAGACGGAGGAGACGAAGCAGAAGACGGGCCAGUUCAAAGUCGUCGCGCAGCCUGGCUCGGAGCUGAUGCCCGACAAGGGACACCCCGAUGGCUGGGUGAGUCGCGCGUCGGAGCGUCUUGAUGCUGCGAGGACCGGGGAGGAGUGGAGAAGCGACGCGUACAGCAUCGUCUGA